AUGUCCGAGUCGCUAUCUCUGCCCAACGAUUUCGAAUGGGGCUUCGCUACGGCCGCCUACCAGAUCGAAGGGGCUGUAAAAGAAGGGGGCCGUGGGCCGUCCAUCUGGGACACGUACUGUCACUUGGAACCCUCUCGCACCAACGGCGCCAACGGCGAUGUUGCCUGCGAUCACUAUCAUCGCUACGAUGAAGACUUUGAUCUCUUGACCAAGUACGGCGCCAAGGCCUACCGCUUUUCCCUGUCAUGGUCGCGCAUCAUCCCUCUUGGUGGCAGACUUGAUCCCAUCAACGAGGAGGGGAUUCAGUUCUACAGCGAUCUGAUCGAUGCCUUGUUGAAGCGGGGAGUUACCCCUUGGGUGACUCUAUACCACUGGGAUCUUCCCCAGGCCCUUCACGACAGGUAUGCGAGGUUGUGCUUUGAGCGCUUUGGAGACCGAGUCAAGAACUGGAUCACCAUCAACGAGCCGUGGAUCCAGUCCAUCUACGGCUAUGCCACCGGCAGCAACGCUCCCGGCAGGAGCAGCAUUAACAAGCACUCCACCGAGGGCGACACAACUACUGAGCCAUGGCUCGCUGGAAAAGCCCAGAUCAUGAGCCAUGCUCGCGCCGUGGCCGUCUACAGCAAAGACUUUCGCGCUUCUCAAAAGGGGCAGAUCGGCAUCUCGCUCAACGGCGACUACUAUGAGCCUUGGGACAGCAGCGAUCCCAGAGACAAGGAGGCUGCGGAGCGACGCAUGGAAUUCCACAUUGGGUGGUAUGCGAAUCCAAUCUUCUUGAAGAAGGACUAUCCGGCUUCCAUGAGAAAGCAGCUGGGCGACAGGCUCCCUGCUCUCACUCCUGCGGACUUUGCCAUUCUCAACGCCGGAGUGACUGAUUUCUACGGCAUGAACUACUACACCUCCCAGUUCGCCCGCCACUAUGAAGGCCCCGUCCCCAAGACAGACUUCCUCGGCGCCAUCCAUGAGCACCAGGAGAACAAGGACGGCAGCCCUGUCGGCGAGGAGAGCGGCAUCUUCUGGCUGCGCUCCUGCCCGGACAUGUUCCGAAAGCACCUCGCCAGAGUCCAUGGCCUGUACGGCAAGCCCAUCUACAUCACCGAGAACGGCUGCCCGUGCCCCGGAGAGGACAAGAUGACGUGCGAGGAGGCCAUCAACGACCCCUUCCGCAUCCAGUACUUUGACUCGCACUUGGAUUCCAUCUCAAAGGCCAUCAGCCAGGACGGCGUCGUCGUCAAGGGCUACUUUGCCUGGGCUCUGCUCGAUAACCUGGAAUGGUCAGACGGCUACGGGCCCCGCUUCGGCGUCACCUACACAGACUACACCACCCUCAAGCGCACGCCCAAGAAGUCGGCCCUUGUGCUCAAGGACAUGUUUGCAGACAGGCAAAGGGUUAAAGUAGCCGCUUGA